UUUAUUGCCAAGAAAUGCAUAUCCGAUGCUCAAAAUAAAAAGUCCAAACUUCGAAGCCCUUAAUAACGAUGAGGAUCGACAACGCUACAAACGUUAGAAAUUCAAUUCAAGAAUUUUAAGCACCAUCGGAGGGAAAAAUAGAGAGAAUUUUCCAGGAAAAUUCCUACGAAAUUAGAGAGUGGGGGCAAUCUCAGUACUCAGCUGUCCGAUUGCUUUCGUCCUUUAUCGGUUGAUUGUGCGGACGAGUUUCGUCGGACCUGGCCAAUUUUAAAGUUUGAAUCUAUUUCAAAGAAGAAAGAGAAUCAUAUAAUCAACAAAGAGAACCAAAUAAAUUGCAAAACUCAUUGUGUUGGUCUUUGGAGAGGAGUAUUUAUACUAAUCUGCUGGAUUUUUUGAUUUGAGAAUAAAGAUUUGAUACUAGAUUACUAUUAGGGCUUUGUCAGUAUUUGUAAUUUUGUGAGGUUAUUAAUAGCUUCAUCAGAUGAAUGUGGUUGGUAUAGUCGGGAGCUUAAUUUCACAAGGUGUUUACUCUGUUGCCACUCCCUUCCAUCCCUUUGGUGGGGCCGUUGAUGUAAUUGUUGUUCAGCAGCAAGAUGGGACCUUCCGAACCACACCUUGGUAUGUUAGGUUUGGUAAAUUUCAGGGUGUUCUCAAAGGUGCAGAAAAGAUGGUUCGCAUCAGCGUCAAUGGUGUGGAAGCCAAGUUCCAUAUGUAUCUUGAUAAUUCUGGAGAAGCUUAUUUUAUCAGGGAAGUUUCUAGUGAAGGUAAGGGAACAAAUGGGAUUAUAAAGGAGUCAGAUGGUUUAGAAGUUAUUGAUGAUAGUAGCAAAGACAAUGGUGACAAUGUUACUGUUAAUACUUGUAAACUUGAGAGUAGUGUUUCUGAUCCUGGUGUGGUUCAAAUUAGAGAUGAAUGUGCUUCCUCUGGUGGCUGGCUUGAGAGAGUGGAAUCUGAUAAUGACCGUAGGUUUUAUGAAUUCCAAGAUGACCAAUCCUCUCAUGAGGGCUCAGUUGAGUUGUCUGAAUAUGGAUCUAAUCAAUACGAGAGUUUUGAUCAUGUAGGUCAUUUUGGGGAAUCACGGGCUUUGGAUUCAGAAGUGGUGUUGGUGAGCGUGGAUGGUCAUAUACUGACGGCACCCAUCUCCUCAUCAGAAGGGAAUACUGAAAAUCUGCAAUUAAUCACACCUCAGUUUCAUUUGGGCCCUGGUGAAGGGACUGACUUUUGUGAAGGUAAUGAGGAGUUUAGUGCAGGUGAAGGUCCAUGGGCUGCUGGUUAUCUCAAUGAGCUGGACUCAGCUUCAGCUAAUGUUGAUUCUCAAAAUGUUUGCAGUGUGAAUAAUGAUAACAGUGCUUUCGGUCAUCAGUUAGAAGUUUGUGAAGGAGAGAAGGAAAAGGCCUCUCUAGCUGACAGAACCCAGGAUGUUGCAACCCAGGGAAGAGGUCCUUCCAUGCAGAGUAAUUUAGAAGAUAAAAAUAUCAGUAUAGAAAGGAAAGAUGUUUUUAGGAGCUGUUUGGAACUAACAGAAUUGGCGACGCAGGUUGUGAAUGGUGAUAUCAGACAUCUUAAUUCUUCAUUGAAGGUCCAAGAAGGCAUGGAAAAUUCACAAGAGAAAUCACCUCAAGGCCUUCGAGCAGUUGAUGACACUGAACAUGGUCAUGUUGUUCAAUUCAGUAAUGACGAUGAGUUAUCUUCCUGUAAUCCUGAAUCUCCUUGGAACACUACAUCUCCAGAUCUAUGUGUUGAAGUUGAACCCAAUGAGAAAAAUGAGUUGAGCAUGGAACAUAUUGAAUUGGACAACAUGUCUGUUCCUUCUGUGCGUAAUGAUCCAGAAUGGAAGGAUGAACAGUUUGGUAUGCUGGCAGUGGAAGGGACAAAUGGUAGCCCACAAAGACCUGCACCAGAAGACGCAUGUAGUAAAAGUGAGACCGUGGAAACUCAGGCAACAAUAUCUUGUGAAGGGAUACAAACAGAUUCAAGCAUAAGGUUUGAGAUCUCUCUUUGUGGGAAGGAACUUCGUGCUGGUAUGGGUUUGGUUGCUGCUGCUGAAGCCUUUGAAGCACAGCGCAUCUCUGAGGAGGAAUUUAAAACUUCUGCACCAUCAAUUAUUAAGAAUGAAAACCUAAUUAUUAGAUUUAGAGAGAAGUACUUGACAUGGGAUAAAGCUGCUCACAUCGUUCUUGGAAUGGCUGCAUUCGGUUUAGAUUUACCUGUUGAGCCCAAAGAUGCAAUUCCUGUGGAACAGGAUGAGACACCAAAGGCCAGGGGUGGUGAUUCUAAAAUUGCAGCCACUUCUUCUGGGCGUAGAUGGAGGCUCUGGCCUAUUCCUUUUAGAAGGGUUAAAACCCUUCAGCACACUGACAGUAACUCAUCAAGUGAAGAUGUAUUUGUUGAUUCUGAAUCUGGCUCACAAAGCACACAUGUAGAACCAAUCCCACCAUCCCCUGGUGGUAGUGAGACUCCGAAGAAGCAACUUGGAAGGACAAAUAUCCCCACCACUGAGCAGAUUGCAUCUUUGAACCUAAAAGAAGGUCAAAAUAUGGUAACCUUCAGUUUCUCUACCAGGGUUCUUGGAACACAACAGGUUGAUGCUCAUAUUUACUUAUGGAAGUGGAAUGCAAGAAUUGUAAUUUCAGAUGUUGACGGGACAAUAACCAAGUCUGAUGUUCUAGGUCAGUUCAUGCCUUUAGUCGGAAAAGAUUGGACUCAAUCUGGGGUUGCUCGACUUUUCUCGGCCAUUAAGGAGAAUGGAUAUCAGCUACUCUUUCUCAGUGCACGAGCAAUUGUUCAGGCAUAUCUAACUAGAAGUUUUCUACUCAAUCUCAAACAGGAUGGAAAAGCUUUACCUAAUGGGCCUAUUGUUAUUUCACCUGAUGGGUUAUUUCCUUCAUUAUACCGAGAAGUAAUUAGAAGAGCGCCUCAUGAAUUUAAGAUUGCGUGUUUAGAGGAUAUUAGAGCACUUUUUCCUUCUGAUUACAAUCCAUUCUAUGCUGGUUUUGGAAAUAGAGACACAGAUGAGCUCAGUUAUAGGAAGAUUGGGAUCCCAAAGGGCAAAAUAUUUAUCAUCAACCCUAAGGGUGAAGUGGCCAUUAGUCAUCGGAUUGAUGUGAAAUCCUACACCUCUUUACACACUCUCGUCAAUGACAUGUUUCCCCCAACUUCAUUGGUAGAACAGCCUUUGCAGGAAGAUUUUAACUCGUGGAACUUUUGGAAAAUGCCAUUGCCAGACAUUGAGUUAUAGGCCAUAAGUAUUAGAAAACGGCUCUUUUCUACCAUCUAUAUGAUCAGUGGCUUUGAAGCUUGCGUAUAUUGUAUUCAUACUUGGCAUUCUUUCUGCCUGCCCCAUCUUUAAGCUCAAAUUGAUGUUGGCAAGCUCGUGGUCAUUCUCUCAUGUCAUAAUUCAUGGUAACAGACUUGUAUGGUUCUUCUGGGUAUUGGAUGGGUCAUUCAAUGAAUAAAGACAGCUAUAAUGCCUGCAUAUUCCCCUUUCA